AUGGAACUCACCCAUGCAGAAGAAAAUCCCAAGAUUCUAACAGACCCCUUUGAGGUGCGAAUUGCCAUCCAGGCUAUGAAGGGACUCACUGUGCUGCUGUCUGUUUUCCAAAUACCCGACGCUGAGAGAAUUGUGAGACAGGUGAUAGAACUAUCUCAGACGCCUAAUCUUGCAAAAGGCCUGGUUUCUGCUUACGUUCAGUUCUGCAAAGAACAAAACUGCAUUUUGUCUUCCGGAUGCAUCGAGCUUCUUAUCGAUGCUAUGCUCAAGAUCCCGUAUUACCCAAGUGCCACCAUUUUGAACGAGAAACUAUUGACAUUGAAGAGCUACAUAAGCAGGAGUCCGGCCGUGAUGCUCAAACUGUGCGAGAGCUGGCAGCAAUUUGUUCUGUCGUGUGUCAUGAGCGUCGAAUGCCCGUCAUACGACCGAUUGAUGAAAGUGACCCUUUCGUUGUACGCCGAGUUUUCCAAAAUUUGCAACCGCACCACCAGACAAACGUGCUUCAACAUCUUGGACAUGGAAUCGCAUACGCUGACCCAGUCGUACCCCGUGAUUGCAUCACUGGAAGCAUUUAAGACCAACAAGUCUGUCUGCGAUGCCGUUGUCGAGGCAUUAACUGCACUAAUUCACCGCAAAGAGUACGAAACAGCUAUGGAACUAUGGGCCCACUUGUUGUAUAUUUCUUCCUCAUUCACUUGGAAGAAUGGACUCGAAACCUGGAACCACUUAGUUUCCUGGAUAUCUGUGUUCACCACCUGUUUUAACGACGAAGGCGAGACUCCCAAACUGGCCGCUUUGCAUGCAUGGAGAAGCGUUAUAUUCUCCUACCAAUACUCGCUGUCGUUUAAAACUUCGGCUGUUCUUGAGUCUGAGGCUGAAGAGUAUCAGCUCAAGUCCAAGUUCCAUGUUCUGGCCCACCCGCUACGCAGCUUCUCUGGCGAAAUCGAUGAGCCACUGAUGUCGGCAUACGAGACCUUGUUCACUAGACUCUACUACAGUCUAUACCGGUUCCUUUCGAAAAACCCCGUUAGUGGAGGAGACAGAGAAGGUUGGGUUAUUGACUGGGUGGUGGAGCUCGUUAAGGAUCUCUGUUUUGGAACAACCACCAGUUCCAUUCAGGUUGAAGUUGGCUACAGCAUUCUGACUCAGUUAUUCUCAACCACUCCACAAAAAUCUAAACAGACAUUCAAAAUGACCGCCAAGGAUUGUUUCCUUGGGUCUUCAGGCGAAGAUCUGCAGUUACCUACGCUCAAUCCGGGCUGGGUGUGUAUCAGACGCUCUGAUUUUGUGCAGUUGUUGACCAAAGCCUUGUCGUACGACUACGCCGACUCUUUGGCCAGGCUGAAGCUGAUGAUCUCGUUCUUGGAUGCCAGCAAAAACGGACAGUCUGCUCUAGACUCAUACAGGUAUAUCGAAGACCUACCAGUGCUGUCAAAAGCGAUUUUUGGCUCGAGUUUGGGCAAGAACCGGAUCCAAUUCGCAGACUUGCGUGAAUCCAUGCUGGAAAUGGUACAAAAGUUUGGGUUCCAGGCUAUGCUUACUCCCUCAGCUGAUAUUCCAUGUUUUUUUAUCCUGGCUCUCCAGUACUACAGCGUUGAAGAAACAAACGACGCCGCACUGAACAGUACAUGUGUUGAUCUCUUGCAUUUCACGCUCGAACACGACCAUUCCUCCUACAUCAGCGUGUGCCAGAUGCUCAUCCAGCUGAACUCAGGACGUUUUGCCGAUGAUGUGGCCGGAAGUCUUUUGGAAUCUGCCAGCUACGUCCACACACUUGGAUCGUUUGAGAGCUGGAAAACAAUCAAGGAGUAUUUGUCACCGGAGCUGUUUAUUGACCUUCUCGUAAGACUGGUGGAGCUGGGUUGCGAGUUGAAGAAGGAUCCAAAAUUGGUGUUUGAAGAACAGGUUCGUUUCUGGAAGUCCAUUGGCCUUUUCGAGUACGGAAUGCCGUAUUUGGUGGUCCUUUUCCACAGACUUCGAACCACGCCAGCCACUCACCCAAUUUCGACCUUCUGGCUGGCGUUCUUGAUCGAUUUUGAAGCAGAACCGGAAGUGUCCACUGCGGCUCUUCUUUUAGAAACACUUGGUUUGGGCAACAGUUGUGCGUCUGAAGAAUACGCACUUGUACACUCCUAUGUUGCCAAGGUCUCAGCAGCUGCUCCAGAGAGUAAACCUGUUCAGGACCUGACUGUCGCAUUGCAGAACUUGCAGUCGUUACUUGAUAUGCGAAAGGACCAGGUGUCAGCUUUCGUGUCGUCUUUGACUCCUCCUCUACAAAUUCUUCCACCAGAAGAGCCUAGUGCGGUCGAUUUGCCGGAAGAGGAACCACUGGUGUCGGAAACUGAGCCAGAAAAGGAACCACAAGGGCAGGAGAACGAGACAGAAGCGGAGCCACCAGUGUCGGAAAAUGUGCCAGCAGAGAAGCCAUCGGCACCAGAAAAUGAGCCAACAGCGGUUGAACAACCGUCCAGCCUGGACAACUCCCAGAUAGCAACCGAGCCGGAGACUCUGGUGAUCUCAUCUGGUGACGAGGAGCAGGAGCCGCACACCGCACCCGAAGUCCAACAGCCGGACUCGCAACCACCGUCGCAGGCAGAAAAGAGGCCUGUUCUGGACUCCUCGGACAGAAGCUCUCAGGCGGUGCCUCCACCUCAGAGAAACUUUUCAAGCAACGGCCAGACGCACAGCACUUCAGAGACCAACCUGGCACAGCUGCAGUCAACUCCGCAGCCACAGGUCUUUCCCGACCCGUAUAAUCCCUUGCGGCCUGCCACUUUCGACCCAGACCAGUCUGUCUACUCCGACGCGGGUCGUCUUGCCCCGUAUCCACCGCCGUUCCCGUACCCUGGGUACCCGUUCUACCCGCCAAUGAUGCGUCCACCGCCUAUGGGUCAGCCUGAUGCGAACCCGUACUCCAUGUACUACUGGAAUCCGUACCAGAUGCCACCACCGCCAGCCGGACCCGGACCGAUCUUGGACCAGUCUGACCCGGAGGAUUGGGUGCACCUGGAGGGUCUAGUCACCAGACUGAACCAGACACACGCGAACGGGGUGGUGGAGCUUGACGAAACCAAGAAACGCAAAUUGGAGGACGAUCUAUUCUCGCUACUUACAUGUCUGAAAAAACGACGCUAA